GUGAAGCUUGCCAAGUCUGGCAUCAUUGAAAUUAUGACUUGCGCCGUGAGGCAAAUGCAGCGAGUGUGUUUCUAAAAUGGAAGAUAUUGGCAUUAUCGUGCCCGACAAGGAGGAGGUGCUGAACUUGGAACCCAAAUUACCUGGCACAGACGAUCAAGAUGCAGAGGACUUUUACAUCAAGUAUAAGAAACUGGAGCGUCAGCUGGAGUUCCUGGCAGUGCAGGAAGAAUAUAUCAAGGACGAGCAGCGCAACCUGAAGAAGGAAUACCUGCACGCCCAGGAGGAGGUGAAGCGCAUCCAAAGCGUGCCACUGGUCAUUGGCCAGUUCCUGGAGGCUGUGGACCCGCACACGGGCAUUGUGGGCUCCACCACAGGCUCCAACUACUAUGUACGCAUCCUCUCCACGCUGGACCGUGAGCUGCUCAAGCCCAGUGCUUCGGUUGCACUUCAUAAGCACAGCAAUGCACUCGUCGAUGUCCUGCCCCCAGAGGCCGACAGCUCUAUCUCCAUGCUGCGUGCUGACGAGAAGCCGGACAUCAAGUAUGCAGAUAUUGGAGGCCUGGACAUCCAGAAGCAGGAGAUCAGGGAGGCUGUGGAGUUGCCACUGACCCACUUCGAGCUGUACAAGCAGAUCGGCAUUGAUCCACCCCGUGGGGUGCUGAUGUAUGGCCCACCUGGCUGUGGCAAGACCAUGCUGGCCAAGGCCGUUGCACACCACACCACAGCGGCCUUCAUCCGGGUGGUGGGCUCGGAGUUUGUGCAGAAGUACCUGGGCGAGGGUCCUCGCAUGGUGCGGGAUGUCUUUCGGUUGGCCAAGGAGAAUGCACCCGCCAUCAUCUUCAUUGACGAGAUCGACGCCAUUGCCACCAAGCGCUUUGAUGCACAGACUGGUGCGGAUCGAGAAGUGCAGCGGAUCCUUCUGGAGCUGCUGAACCAGAUGGAUGGUUUUGACCAGACUACCAACGUCAAGGUGAUAAUGGCAACAAACCGUGCGGACACACUGGACCCUGCACUGCUCCGCCCAGGCCGUCUGGACCGCAAGAUAGAGUUCCCACUACCAGAUCGCCGGCAAAAGCGGCUCAUCUUCUCCACCAUCACGGGCCGCAUGAACCUGAGUGAUGAGCUUGACCUGGAGGACUAUGUGGCACGGCCAGACCGAAUCUCGGGCGCUGACAUCAAUGCCAUAUGCCAAGAGGUGCCAUACAGCCAUUGAGAAGCACUUCGGUGACUGCAUCAAACCGCAACUUUGUCCACCGUCUCCUGACGAGACAGCGCUGGUUAGGCAUACCUGGCGGGAGUGCCAGGCGGCAUGCCAUUAGGAGAAGUUUGCCCUGGAUAUAUACUCAUAUCUGUAAGCGAAUAGACUUUGAUCUGGCACAUCAUCAUGUGCACAGGCUACACCACCACUAGGAUCGGUGAAAACACAUGUGAACAAUGUUCCAAACUUAUGAAUUUGUGAAACACUGGCAGCGAUGGUAGUGAAAGUUGCACACACAAUAUGUGCACCUUACAAUGAUGUGCGAAAUGUACUUGUGGUCUUGAUUGAUUUCUCCUGUAGUCGUAGCAUAGUUCUGAGUUAAACGUAAGGGGCACUAUAUUUAGAAUUAAAAAUACAAAGAUUAAAGGGAUGCUAAAGAACAACAUUGAAUAGGUUUAGGCUGUUAAAGUACGUAUUUUAUCAAUACUUCAUGAAAAGGGUUGUUUACUAGUGGAGAAAAUGAAGUCCAAAUUUCCUUCUUUUUUUCAAUUGCACCAACAUGUUAUCGCUAGUACGCCAGAGUGUUGCCCCAAAUUUUUGAAAUAUAUAUCCUCGUAAUUGGGCAGCACAGAAAAUCUUCUUGAACUUUAUUGGGUUGAUUCUCUGGUUUCUCUAGAAUUCAAUGUACUACUAGUGCUUCUUCACUGAUGAACAGUAAACUGUACCCGAGUAGACAGUGUUCAAAUUUGUGAUGUAGCAGCAAGCUAGUGCAAAAACUUUAGGAUGGCAUUGCCACCUGCUUUUUGCUUUUAAACAUUUUCUGGUUUGCCAUGACUCGUCUUGCGGUAGUUGUGGCUGCUUCGUUAUUGCAGAAGCGUGAUUUACUAAUACAUCUCUACUUAAUACUAGUUCUCUUUAGUGUCCCCUUUGAGGGUCGAUUUUUUUGCCAUAUGCGACCGCUUAGGGUCGAUUUUUUUAUUGCAGAUUCCAAUUCUUCUGACGGACCUAUAUCGAAAAAAAAAUUACCGUAAUUUUUCUAGAGUGACCGUAAAGUGAGAAAAACAUUUUUUUUUUGUGUUGGUAUAUAUGUACUGUGUAUACAUGAACAACAAUAAAAAAAGGAAAUAAA